AUGGCAGACUCCAUGUCCUAUGCUGACCAGCAAGAUGACGAAUCACUCUCAGAUGACGAUUAUGUAGUUGGCACAUUCGGAAGUGACAGUGAGUAAGAACAGUAAAGUAAAGAAAAGGUUACUUCUUAUUACCAUUUGGGUAUUAUGUAAGCAAGGGGGGCCCUUAAAUCUUUUAACAUGAUUGAAGGGGGGUAACCUAAAAAAAUGGGUGCUAUUGAGUAGGGGUCUGGAAAUAAUUUGGGAUAAAAAACAAUUUCUCCUCCACCCCCUACUGCCCCUCCAACUUAAAUUAUGACUAGUCCCUAAUGUCCACCCAAAUAAUGUGGUUCGGUUAUCCAGUGUUACCCAGUCUUACUGCUAUUUCUACAUUCAUUUCAUUCAAUAAAUUCCUUCUAUACAAUUCUUAUCAUAACAUUUAUUAAAUUUCUUACACCAGUUAUCAACUCUCCUUCGCACUUUUCACAGCAACACCUAUCCUCCCAAAACAGUUUUAUUUCUAUCCCAACUACUUCCCUAUAUGGACCAGCAGAAAGCAGCCAACCUCAACCACAACAUCGGCAAUCUUACCAAAACAAGUAUCAUUGAAAAAAGAAGCAGCCUAUUUUCACUCAUCAAUGGAGACAUUUUAUCCAAUCUGUACUUGGCAAAGAGAAAUUGAACUUCUAUUCUGGAAAUAGCCACUUGGAAGCCAAUGACACUUUUGAAGUAAUGCUCUUCUUUUCGGGAAAUGGCUGCCCACCAAUGCAAGCAAAAUUUCUGGGUGGAUUUUGGCAUCACAAUACCGGGUCACACACAAGAAAGCCGAUAAGAGGACUAGACAGAUUGAUUUCAUUAUGAACAACCAAGCCUCUUAAGGACAUAUCUGGUUUUAUUACAAUCUUUAUUACAAUAAAUGGCUUUACCUUAAUGGUAAACUGAGAAAUCGCCAGUAAUUUAAAACGUUUUUAAGAACGUAAACGUGUAAGGUUCACAAUACCCGUUAAUAAUUAAAUACUUUCACAAGAGAAACAUUUUCAGUUUUUUUGUUUGUCAUUAUCUUGUAGAAGAGAAAAGUGACACACUUUAACACACAUUUAAGAUAUUCAACCUAUUCCUUUCACUGUGUCUUCCUUGUUUUUGUAGCUCUGGGGUUCCCCUGGGUUUUUUGCAUCACCUAGCCUCUAUCAGCCAUUUAUAACUACAGGGCUCGAAAUUGCGACUCACUGGUCGCCGAUGCCACCAAAAAUCAAGCGUUGGAGACUAGAAUUUUAGAGCUAGUCGCAAACAAUGUAGAAUCGUGCAAGAAAAUGAUCGAUAAUUUGAACUUGUUGCAGGCCACUCAGGUGGAUAAAGCAGAUUUUAGCAAGCUGGCAAAGGGCGACCUUGGAACCAGCCUGAUACCAGACAUCGAUCGCAAACCAGCAGGUCAUUGUGUGGCAUUAAAAUCCACUGCAAACGGAGAUUGUUUGUAUAAUUCCGUUUCGCUUUUUCUUUGUGGUGAUGAAACACGAAGUAACUGGCUGCGUCUUCUAGUUACAGAAGAACUGUACUCCAGUGCUGAGUAUUAUGCAUCACAUGAAAUUUUCAAGAAAACUGCCAAAUUUACCAAGAUCCCGCAAUCAGUUCUAUUUACAGUUGCCUUGACGGCAGUUGGUGAGAAAAUCAUAUCAGAUGGUGGGAGUCAAACUGAAGCAGUCAAGACUGAAGCUACAGCCAGUUGCAAGAUUGGAGUGUGGGACUCCCUUCUUCACGUGAUGGCGUUCACAUCGGUCAUCAGACAGCCGAUAUAUUUGUUAUAUCCAGACAUCAACUUCCGGUUCCGUCCUUUAAUGCACCAGCUGUUAAACCCCCGACUUUCUGCGUUGGAUGA